AUGUUGUUUUACCUUGGUGUAAUGAUGAUUGGGUCAGAUCUCGACAAUGCGACAAACAAUGAUUACUUGGAGAUUAACAGCACUUCAGCCUUUGAACCAGGCAAUUUUGGUCCCGUGGGAGCCUUCUACACCAUUUUACAAAUCUCCAUAGCACUGAUAUACUCUGUCACGUGUGUCGUGGGGAUUUUGGGAAACCUCCUGGUCUUGUACCUCAUUCGAGGUCUCAGCAAGCAGAGCCAGUCCACCAUUAACCUCUUCGUCUUCAACCUAGCCCUGACCGACUUCCACUUUGUCCUAGUGCUGCCCUUCUGGGCGGUGGAAAUUAUCCUGCACCACAUCUGGCCCUUUGGCCUCGCCAUGUGUAAGCUGGUCCUCUUUGUCACCGUGCUGAACAUGUAUGCAAGUGUCUUUUUCCUGACCGCCAUGAGCGUCAGUCGCUACUGCUCAAUGGUGCAAACUCUCAGACCAGGCAGGACCCCCUUCCGGCCCUGCAUGGUCAAGUGGAUCAGCCUGGCGAUCUGGCUUACAGCUAUUGCUGCAACCUUACCUCUGACCAUAUACUCCCAGACUGUCAGUAUCUAUGGCAAUGAACUGUGCAUCCAGAAAUUCCCAGAUGGACAAUAUUUCCUGGCAUUCCAGCACAUUCAAAAGAUCAUACUGGCUUUCAUAGUCCCUCUGGCAAUCAUAACCAUUUGCUAUUUAUUGCUUAUAAAAUUUCUACAUGACCACAAACUGAGUGGCAUCAAUGUGAAAAGGCAAUCCAAAGUCACCAAGUCUGUCAUCUUGCUGGUAAUGUCCUUCCUCCUUUGCUGGUUACCUAACCACAUGAUAACCUGCUGGGGAGUGCUGGUCAAAUUGGAAUUGGUCCAUUGGAGCAGAGCGUACUAUAUUGCUCAUACCUACAUCCACCCAUUGACCAUCUGCCUGGCCAACACCAACAGCUGCCUCAACCCCAUCAUCUACUGCCUGAUGCGGAGGGAGUUCAGGGAGGUGGUGAAGAACAUCUUCCGAAGGAUCUUCUCCAUCAGUUACCUGUGGAUGCGGCAAGGUGCCGCUCGCUACCGGGGUCAACAUGAAACCAGCCAGGUCAGCAUCCCCUUGAACCAAAUGAACAGCCAGCCGGAAUCCAAUGCCCCCAGUCAGAGAUGUAACACGUUGCCUGCCACCACCUCCAGUCUUGUACAACGGAACUGA